UUAGCGCGGAGAGUUUCCCGGCGGACGCUGCUGUUCUUCUUCGGCCACUCGUACCCCCAUCUUCGGUGACAGAGGCGCCUGGUGGGGGUGACUGUUCUUUUCUCUUCCUAUCCCCUUCUCCCAGUCUUCUCGGUCUCCUCUACUCUUGGCCCAGAGAAGCAGCGGAGCUCGGGCCCGCGGUGAGCGGCCCUCCCCUCCCCACCGUUCCCUCCCUCCGUCAGCCCCCGGCACCGGCCCGGGAGGGGACGAGGGUUCGCCAGGCCCGGGGCGGGCGGGGAGGCCUCGGGGAAGGGGGGGCCCGCUCCUCAGGCGCCGAGGCUUCGAAGCUUCGGCUCUCGGCAUCUGGGCGAUGGGCUUUCUGUGAGACUGGUCCCCUCGCUGGGGGCGCGUGCGGCAGGAGGCGGCUGCCGAGUGACCGGAGCCCGGGCCGCGGCCCUCCCUCGCCCUGCUCUGCCCCUCCCACCCCGGUGCCCUGGGGCUGCCACCGCCCGGGCGUCUGAGCUUGUCCCUUCCGCGCGGUGCCGCCGCCCUCAGGGCCUAGCCCGCCCUGCUCGGCGAGCGGCGGGACCUGAGCGGUCGUCGCAUCCGCAGCAUCCGCCUCGCCUCACUUCACCUCACCUCGCCUCGCCUGGGUGCCUGCUCCCCUCGCCCUGCCCCUCAUGACUGCGGCUCCUCUGCUGCCACAGCCCUGCCGGCCGCCGCGCGCCGCAGGAUGGAUGCGGACCGUGCGGCGCUAACCCCAGUGGCUCUGCUCCUGAAUCUCCCGCCGACGAGCCCGCCUCGUGAGCCGCAGCAGCUUCGGUGCCAGCAGCAGCCGCCGCAGCUGGGCCCAGAGUCCCGUGUCGCCUUCGAGGCUCCUUGUCAGUGUUGAGUGGGGAGUCGUCCGGUCCGGGUCGCUCGGAACCCGCUGUAGGAGCGGUGCCCUGCAGACCUUCGCGGCUCCUGCGGGUGGGCCCUUCUUCCUCUUUUCAUUCUCCUACGGGCCGGCUCGCCUCACCCAGCGGACCAACCAUGUCUGGCGGCGCCGCAGAGAAGCAGAGCAGCACUCCGAGCUCUCUGUUUCUUUCGCCGCCGGCGCCAGCCCCCAAGAAUGGCUCCAGCUCUGAUUCCUCUGUGGGCGAGAAACUGGGGGCCGCGGCGACCGAUGCUGGAACUGGUAGGACCGAGGAGUACCGGCGCCGCCGCCACACUAUGGACAAGGACAGCCGUGGGGCGGCCGCCACCACUACCACCACCGAGCACCGCUUCUUCCGACGGAGCGUCAUCUGCGACUCUAAUGCUACUGCGUUGGAGCUGCCUGGCCUCCCUUUCUCGAUUCCCCAGCCCGGCGUCCCCGCGGUUGUUCCACAGAUUGCUCCAUCAGAGCCCCACCGGGAGGAGAUCUUGACUGCUACCGCCGUUUCCCAGGUGGCCCAGCAGCCCCCAGUCACUGCUGCCCCUGGAGAACAAGCUGUCGCGGGCCCUGUCACCUCGACUGCCCCAAGCAGUACCAGCAAAGACCGCCCAGUUUCCCAACCCAACCUCGUGGGGAGCAAAGAGGAGCCACCACCGGCGAGAAGUGGAAGUGGUAGCGGUGGUAGCAGCGCCAAGGAGCUGCAGGAAGAACAGAGACAGCUACAGGAUGAUAUCGAAGAGCUGGAGACCAAGGCCGUGGGAAUGUCCAAUGACGGCCGCUUUCUCAAGUUUGACAUCGAAAUCGGCAGAGGCUCCUUUAAGACAGUCUACAAAGGUCUGGACACUGAAACCACUGUGGAAGUCGCCUGGUGUGAACUGCAGGAUCGAAAGUUAACAAAAUCUGAAAGGCAGAGAUUUAAAGAAGAGGCUGAAAUGUUAAAGGGUCUUCAGCAUCCCAAUAUUGUUCGAUUCUAUGAUUCCUGGGAAUCCACAGUAAAAGGAAAGAAGUGCAUUGUUUUGGUGACUGAGCUUAUGACAUCUGGAACACUUAAAACGUACCUGAAAAGGUUUAAAGUGAUGAAGAUCAAAGUUCUAAGAAGCUGGUGCCGGCAGAUCCUUAAAGGACUUCAGUUUCUUCACACUCGAACUCCACCUAUUAUUCACCGGGAUCUUAAAUGUGACAAUAUCUUUAUCACUGGCCCUACAGGCUCAGUUAAGAUUGGAGACCUUGGCCUGGCAACCCUGAAGCGAGCUUCUUUUGCCAAGAGUGUGAUAGGUACUCCAGAGUUCAUGGCCCCUGAAAUGUAUGAGGAGAAAUAUGAUGAGUCCGUUGAUGUUUAUGCUUUUGGGAUGUGCAUGCUUGAGAUGGCUACAUCUGAAUAUCCAUACUCGGAAUGCCAAAAUGCUGCGCAGAUCUACCGUCGAGUGACCAGUGGAGUGAAGCCAGCCAGUUUUGACAAAGUAGCAAUUCCUGAAGUGAAGGAAAUCAUCGAAGGAUGUAUACGGCAAAACAAAGAUGAACGAUAUUCCAUCAAAGACCUCUUGAACCAUGCCUUCUUCCAGGAGGAAACAGGGGUUCGGGUAGAAUUAGCAGAAGAAGAUGAUGGAGAAAAAAUAGCUAUUAAAUUAUGGCUGCGUAUUGAGGAUAUUAAGAAAUUAAAGGGCAAGUACAAAGACAAUGAAGCUAUCGAGUUUUCCUUUGACUUGGAGAGAGAUGUACCAGAAGAUGUUGCUCAAGAAAUGGUAGAAUCUGGGUAUGUCUGUGAAGGUGAUCAUAAGACCAUGGCUAAAGCUAUCAAAGACAGAGUGUCAUUAAUUAAGAGAAAACGAGAGCAGCGGCAGUUGGUUCGAGAAGAGCAAGAAAAGAGAAAACAGGAGGAGAGCAGUCUCAGACAGCAGGCUGAACAACAAUCAAGUGUUCCUUCCCAGACAGGAAUCAAGCAGGUCCCUUCUGCUAGCACUGGUAUAACUACUGCUUCUGCCACUUCAGCUUCAGUAUCUACACAAGUAGAACCUGAAGAGCCUGAGGCAGAUCAACAUCAACAACUACAGUACCAGCAACCUAGUAUAUCUGUAUUAUCUGAUGGGACAGUUGACAGUGGUCAAGGAUCUUCCGUCUUCACAGAAUCUCGAGUGAGCAGUCAACAGACAGUUUCAUAUGGUUCCCAACAUGAACAGGCACAUUCUACUGGCACAGUCCCAGGGCAUACAGCUUCCAUUGCCCAAGCACAGUCUCAGACCCAUGGAGUAUACCCACCCUCAAGUAUGGCGCAGAGUCAGAGCCAGGGCCAACUAUCUUCAAGUAGUUUAGCAGGGGUUCCAUCUUCCCAGCCCAUCCAACAUCCUCAGCCGCAGGGAAUACAACAGACAGCCCCUCCUCAACAGACAGUACAGUAUUCACUUCCACAAACAACAGCCUCCACUGAGGCCACUACUGCACAGCCAGUGAGUCAACCUCAAGCUCCACAGGUCUUGCCUCAAGUGUCAGCUGGAAAACAGCUUCCAGUUUCCCAGCCAGUAUCAACUAUCCAAGGCGAAUCUCAGAUCCCAGUUGCAUCACAAUCCUCAGUUGUUCCAGUCCACUCUGGUGCUCAUUUCCUUCCUAUGGGACAGCCACUCCCCACUUCCUUACUCCCACAGUACCCUGUCUCUCAAAUUCCCCUAUCAACUCCUCAUGUGUCUACAGCUCAGACAGGUUUCUCAUCCCUUCCCAUUACAAUGGCAGCUGGCGUUAAUCAGCCUCUGCUCACCUUGGCUUCAUCUGCUACAGCAGCUGCGAUCCCAGGGGGAUCAACUGUGGUUCCUAGUCAGCUUCCAACCCUUCUGCAGCCUGUGACUCAGCUGCCAAGUCAGGUUCACCCACAGCUUCUACAACCAGCAGUUCAGUCCAUGGGGAUACCAGCUAACCUUGGACAAGCUGCUGAGGUUUCGCUUCCCUCUGGAGAUGUUCUAUACCAGGGCUUCCCACCUCGACUGCCACCACAAUACCCAGGAGAUUCAAAUAUUACUCCCUCUUCCAACGUGGCUUCUGUUUGCAUCCAUUCUACAGUCCUAUCCCCUCCCAUGCCUACAGAAGCAUUGGCUACACCAGGUUAUUUUCCUACAGUGGUGCAGCCUUAUGUGGAAUCAAAUCUUUUGGUUCCUGUGGGCGGUAUAGGAGGACAGGUUCAAGUGUCCCAGCCAGCAGUGAGUUUAGCACAACAAUCCCCCACUACAUCCUCCCAGCAAGCAGUUCUGGAGAGUACUCAGGGAGUCUCUCAGGUUGCUCCUCCAGAGCCAGUUCCAGUAGCACAGUCACAACCAACCCAACCUGUCACUUUGGUGUCCUCUAUAGACAGUGCACACUCAGAUGUUGCUUCAGGUAUGAGUGAUGGCAAUGAGAAUGCCCCAUCAUCCAGUGGAAGGCAUGAAGGAAGAACAGCAAAACGGCAUUAUCGAAAAUCUGUAAGAAGUCGCUCUCGUCAUGAAAAGACUUCACGCCCAAAAUUGAGAAUUUUAAAUGUUUCAAACAAAGGAGACCGGGUAGUAGAAUGUCAAUUAGAGACUCAUAAUCGGAAAAUGGUUACAUUCAAAUUUGAUCUAGAUGGUGACAACCCCGAGGAGAUAGCAACAAUUAUGGUGAACAAUGACUUUAUUCUAGCAAUAGAGAGAGAGUCAUUUGUGGAUCAAGUGCGGGAAAUUAUUGAAAAAGCUGAUGAAAUGCUUAGUGAGGAUGUCAGUGUGGAACCGGAGGGUGACCAGGGAAUGGAAAGUCUGCAGGGAAAGGACGACUAUGGUUUUUCAGGUUCUCAGAAAUUGGAAGGAGAAUUCAAACAACCAGUUCCCACAUCUUCCAUGCCACAGCAAAUCGGUGUUCCUACCAGUUCUUUAACUCAAGUUGUUCAUUCUGCUGGAAGACGGUUUAUAGUGAGUCCUGUGCCAGAAAGUAGAUUACGAGAAUCCAAAGUUUUCACCAGUGAAAUAUCAGACACAGUUGCUCCCUCUAUACCUCAGGGCCCUGGAAUGAAUUUGUCUCACUCUGCUUCAUCCCUUAGUCUCCAGAAGGCCUUUUCUGAACUUAGACAUGCCCAAAUGACUGAAGGACCCAACACGGCACCUCCAAACUUUAGUCACACAGGACCAACAUUUCCUCCUUUCUUGGGUAGCAUUGCCGGAGGCCCAACCACAGCAGCAGCCACACCUUCAGUAUCAGUUCCUGUAUCAAGCAGCUCUCUUAAUGACAUUUCCACAUCAGUUAUUCAGGCUGAGGUUACAGUACCCACUGAAAAAGGGAUUACUGGAGUUGCCACCAGCACAGGUGUGGUUAUGUCAAGCUGUCUUCCUGUACCACCGGUGUCUGAGUCACCAGUACUUGCCAGUGUGGGUUCAAGUGUCACAAUACCUGCAGUUGUCUCAAUGUCCACAACAUCCCAGCCAGUACAGGCCCCCACAUCUGGGAGCAUUGUUUCUAGUACAGGCGCUUUUCCUUCUAUGACAGUUUUAACAGCUUUAACCUCUGCAGUUGCUGCCCCAGGUGCUAAGCCUCCAGCUGUGUUAUCUCAGCAGACAGCAAGCACUACUGGGGUAGCCACAGUAACAUCAGUUUCUGCCUCCACUCCAUUCCCAACCAUAGCUUCACAGCCAUCCCUUCAGCUUAGUAGCAGCACCUCUGCCCCUACUCUAGCUGAAACAGUGGUGGUUAGUGCACACUCACUGGACAAAACAUCUCAUAGCAGUACAACUGGAUUAGCUUUGUCUCUCUCUGCACCAUCUUCUUCCUCUCCUGGAGUAGGAGUGGCUAGUUCUGUUUCUCAGCCUGGUGGAGUGCAUCCUUUAGUCAUCCCAUCAGUGAUAGCUUCUACUCCUGUCUUUCCCCAAGCAGUAGGACCUACUUCUACACCUUUGUUACCCCAGGUACCCAGUAUCCCACCCUUGGUACAACCUGUUGCCAAUGUGCCUGCUGUACAGCAGACUCUCAUUCAUAGUCAGCCUCAACCAGCUUUGCUUCCUAACCAACCCCACACUCACUGUCCAGAAGUAGAUGCUGAUAACCAACCCAAAGCCCCUGGAAUUGAUGACAUAAAGACUCUGGAGGAAAAGCUGCGGUCUCUCUUUAGUGAACACAGCUCUUCUGGAGCUCAGCAUGCCUCUGUCUCACUAGAGACGUCACUAGUAGUAGAGACCACAAUCACACCAGGCAUCCCAACCACUGCUGUUGCACCAAGCAAACUCAUGACUUCCACUACGAGUACUUGCUUACCACCAACAAAUUUGCCAUUAGGAACAGCUGGUUUGUCAGUCAUGUCAGUGGCCACACCUGGGCAAGUUUCUACCCCAGGCAGCUAUGUUUCAGCCCCAGUCAGCACUACAUCAGGAAUGAAACCUGGAACUGCUCCCUCAAAGCCACCUUUAACUAAGGCUCCGGUGCUGCCAGUGGGUACUGAACUUCCAGCUGGUACUCUGCCUAGCGAGCAGCUGCCACCUUUUCCUGGACCUUCACUAACUCAGUCACAACAACCUCUAGAAGAUCUUGAUGCACAGCUGAGAAGAACACUUAGUCCAGAGACUAUUACAGUGACAUCUGCAGUUAGUCCUGUGUCCAUGGUGGCUCCAACAGCAGUUACAGAAGCAGGAGCACAGCCUCAGAAGGAUGUUUCCCAAGGCACAGAAGGCCCUGUCCUAGCAACUAGUUCAGGAACUGGUGUUUUUAAGAUGGGACGAUUUCAGGUUUCAGUUGCAAUGGAUGAUAUCCAGAAAGAAGAUAAAAAUAAGACAGAAGAUGCAAAGUCUGUUCAUUUUGAGUCUAGCACAUCAGAGUCCUCAGUGCUAUCAAGUAGUAGUCCAGAGAGUACCCUGGUGAAGCCAGAGCCUAAUGGGAUGACAAUCCAUGGCAUCUCCUCAGAUGUGCCAGAUAGUGCCCUUAAAACUCCUGCCUCAGAAGCAAAGUCAGAAACUGGGCAACCUACCAAGGUGGGACGUUUUCAGGUGACAACUACAGCAAACAAAGUGGGUCGUUUCUCUAUAUCAAGAACUGAGGACAAAAUUGCUGAGGCAAAGAAAGAAGGACCAGUAACAUCUCCUCCUUUUAGGGAUUCAGAACAAGCUGUUCUCCCUGCAGUAAUACCAAAGAAAGAAAAGCCUGAACUGUCAGAGCCUUCACAUCUAAAUGGGCCAUCCUCUGACCUGGAGGCUGCUUUUCUAAGGGGGGAUGUAGAUGAUGGUUCAGGUAGCCCACACUCACCCCGUCAGCUGUGCUCGAAGAGUCUUCCCAUUCAGAAUCUAAGUCAAAGCCUUAGUAAUUCAUUCAAUUCCUCUUACAUGAGUAGUGACAAUGAAUCAGACAUUGAAGAUGAAGACUUAAAGUUAGAGCUUCGACGACUACGAGAAAAACAUCUUAAAGAGAUUCAGGACCUGCAGAGUCGCCAGAAGCAUGAAAUUGAAUCUUUAUAUACCAAAUUGGGCAAGGUUCCCCCUGCUGUCAUUAUUCCCCCAGCUGCUCCCCUUUCAGGGAGAAGAAGGAGACCCACUAAAAGCAAAGGCAGUAAAUCUAGUCGCAGCAGUUCCUUGGGAAAUAAAAGCCCACAGCUUUCAGGUAACCUGUCUGGUCAGAGUGCAGCUUCAGUCUUGCACCCCCAGCAGACCCUUCACCCUCCUAGCAACAUUGCAGAGACCGGGCAGAAUCAGCUGUUACAACCUCUUAAGCCAUCUCCCUCCAGUGAUAACCUCUACUCGGCCUUCACCAGUGAUGGUGCCAUUUCAGUACCAAGCCUUUCUGCUCCAGGACAAGGCUGUGCGAAGUUUAACUGUGCAUCUGAGCAGGUGACAUUCAAACCUGGUGGCAGGAGGACCCGAUUUCUGAGUACGCCCUGCUUGGCUCUUUGGAAGAUGGUGAAAAAAGUUUGUCCUUGCAACCAGCUCUGUAGAACCAGCAGCACAAACACUGUUGGGGGAACAGUGAACAGCCAAGCUGCCCAAGCUCAGCCUCCUGCCAUGACAUCCAGCAGGAAGGGCACCUUCACAGAUGACCUGCACAAGCUGGUAGACAACUGGGCCCGAGAUGCCAUGAAUCUUUCAGGCAGAAGAGGAAGCAAAGGACACAUGAAUUAUGAGGGCCCUGGAAUGGCAAGAAAGUUUUCUGCACCUGGACAGCUUUGCAUCUCCAUGACCUCAAACCUGGGUGGCUCUGCCCCCAUCUCUGCAGCAUCAGCUACCUCUCUAGGUCACUUCACCAAGUCUAUGUGCCCCCCACAGCAGUACGGUUUUCCAGCUGCCCCAUUUGGCACUCAGUGGAGUGGGACGGGUGGCCCAGCACCACAGCCACUUGGCCAGUUCCAGCCUGUAGGAACUGCUUCCUUACAGAAUUUCAACAUCAGCAAUUUGCAGAAAUCCAUCAGCAACCCCCCAGGUUCCAACCUGCGGACCACUUAGUGAGACCUAGAGACAUUAAUUGAGUAGAUCUGGGGGCAGGAGAUGGAAUGCUGAAGGGAGGGUGGGGGGAUGGAGAAGUAGCCUGUAUACUAACUACUAGUGCUGCAUUUAACUGGUUAUUUCUUGCCAGAAGGGAAUGUUUGUAAUACUGCUUUGAGCCCUCAGAAUGGAGACUCUCCCUCCCCCCUCCAUUUAUUGGAAUGGGACAAGGAGAGAGCAACUUUCUUGUGAAGGGGCUGCUUCAGUCUAUGCUUUCCUAUUUAUCUAUACCCACCAGUGAGGCCUAGGGCUAGAAGAGAAUCUUGUUAUCAAGAAGCUACAAGAGAGCUCAAUGUAAAGCCAGAGCCCAUUUGUAUCUGCAAGUGGGUACAGCUCUUAAUUGUGGUACAAGCCCCAAAUCCCUUACUCCCUCAAGAAUUCAAACCAUCAAACAAUAUAGGGUUCUCUCCUACUCUGCCCCCACCCCUGCUUCCCCCCCCUCCUCUUUUAGAACCCAGUGAAAACUACCAGGGGACUGGGGUUGCAACCCUUUCUUAUAAUAGGUCAUUAGUGCUUUAAGCAAAAGAUAAUAGCAGCUUUGACUGCAGCAUUAGCAAUUAGGAAAAAAAAAUACGUUCCCUGCGGACAUGUAACUUUGCCAUCAGUUUUGAUGUGGAAACACUGUGAUAUAUAAAUGUUGUUGGACAACAGUAGUUUUAAGAGUAAAAUAUGAAAGGUUUAAAAAGUUCACACACAAAAAAAGCUAGCUCUGUCCUUUACUUAUUGAGACACUUUAACUUUUUCCUUUGUACUUCCAUUGUAUUAGAUAAAUAAAUGUGAAUGUAAAAUUGUAUAAAUUACUGUACUUGAAUACUUCUGUUCUCCCAGUAUUGCUUGCUGGAUAUUUUAGUGCCUUGGACUUCUAUUGCUUCUGCCAUUAGCAUCGACUUACCAGAUCCCAGAUCAACAAAGGGCAUGUGGAAAGAACAUUUAGGUCCAUGUGACCCCAGCAGUGGAUAUGCCAAAGGGAAAUUGAAAAGAGUAUUUUUUUUUUAAUCAUUCAACAAUUUUGUCUAAAGCAGGUGUAAGAUAAGUAAGAUGGGAAGUUGACAUCAGUGGUUGAAAGCAGAAAGUUCUGUUUCAGGAAUAGUGAGGGAAGGGUGUUACAUCAAAAUUGCACAAUAUAAAAGAUUAAGGGAGGUGUGAGCUAAGAAAGAAAAAGAAAGGUUAAUUAAAGGGGGAACACACUUGUUUCGAAGAUACCUGACGCCUGGCCAGAUUGUCGUAAAUCUUACUUAUUUGAGCUGGGCUUGAACAGAUGAGACCUGGAAGAAAUUAAACAUAAGGAGAAGGGGAUGGGUAGCUCAUUUUUUAAGGUGGGAAGAGUGGCAGAUGGAAAAAGUUGCUCCAAGAAAAAACAUUUGGACAGCUCUCUUCAUGCACCUACACCUUGCAUUUCUCAGCUUGGGGUACUCUUAUUCUGUGGAAAGCGGACCUACUUCUGACUUAAUAAGGAUUGUAGGAAAGAAUGCUUUAUUUGUUUUUUCUAUGAUGAUGUCCAAAUGGUUGCAAGAUCAUAAUCUGUCAUGCCACCUAUAUUUCUACAUUUAUAACUAAUAUUCUCACAUUGUUCAUUUACAUACUCCCCCUUCAUAACUGCAACCAACCAGUAUUAUUUAAUGCUAUGCCUAGUUGUAAUGGGCAGUUCUGUUACUUUCAGAACUUUCCAGAAAUAAAUACUGUUCUAAUUGGCUAUGUUUGGGAUAUUCUCAGAAGAUGGGGAAAGAAACUAGGACUUUUUCUUGGGUGCUGCUUCUCUUGACUUAGUUGGGACAUACCAUAUUUCCAACCUUUCACCCACCUCAAUGGCACAUCCCAGGAGUCUCCAUGAUAGGAAGAGCCUGGUAGCUAUCCAGAUCUUUUUUGUUCCAUUUUGACCCUGGUUCUAUUUCUUUAUUAAGUUGGCCUAGGCCCCAGAGAUACCAAUGAGAGCUAAAGGUUUCAGGGAGGUAGAAAUGAAAAGAGCAGAGGUUCCAAGCCCUGCUGCAGAAGUGCUGACUUAUUUUUCUGUUUAAUUCUUGGGGAGAGGGUAAGAGUGAGAAAAAGACGGUGCCGAGUAAAUGGGAAAUGGACCGCUUGAAGUGAAUGAAAUGAUACUUCUACCAGAGGAAUGAGGGUGCCAAAUGCAGCACAUUGUUUUGUUAUUUUUGGUUUAGCAAUUUUGAGGUCUUUUCACUUAUACAAUACACAAAAAUAAGAACUGGUUUUAUUUACUGUUGAUUUUUCCCCCUCCUGUGGAUGAAAUAACUGAAGCCUAGAGGAAUGAACUAGUGCUACUGAACUGUUUAAAUUAUUUUUGUUAAUAGUACCCUUCAAGUAUCUUUUUCCAUAUUAAAAAGAACUUUCUGAACUAUAAAUGUUUUCCUUACAUUAUUUAACAAUGUACACUGUUUAAAAAAACAAACUGAAUUCAAACCUUGGGGGUUUCUCAGCAGCCGUUAAUUGUACAUUUUGCACUAACUCUGGGUGUUGCGCUUGUAAGAUUGCGCUUUGUGCUUCAGUUUGUUACCUUUGUAGACUUAUUUAAUGAAACCAUUCAAAUAAACCAAACUUGCUUUUGUUGA